AUGACAAGAACCGAGAACAAAGGAAUUAGUAUUGCCAUUGAUAGAGGUGGCACCUUCACUGAUUGUGUCGGAAAUCCAGGAUCAGGCAAAUUGGAAGAUGACAUUGUUAUCAAGCUUUUAUCUGAAGAUCCCGUCAAUUAUGAAGAUGCGCCACUUGAAGGCAUUCGCCGAAUUUUGUCCAAGUUCACAGGUCGUGAGAUCCCUCGAGGGGAACCCAUUGAUACCUCCUUGAUCCAAAGCAUUCGAAUGGGUACGACUGUUGCGACGAACGCUUUACUAGAGCGUAAAGGAGAAAAAAUUGCCUUAAUCGUCAGCAAGGGUUUCCGGGAUUGCCUACAGAUCGGAAAUCAAUCCCGUCCCCGGAUCUUCGAUCUCGCUAUUCAACGUCCUGAAGUACUCUACGAGGUGGUCAUUGAAGUGGAUGAGCGCGUUACUCUCGAGGAUUAUGCCGAGGAUCCCACGCGUCACGUUACAUCCACUGCGCCACGAGAGGACACAGCUCAUAAUACUGAAGUCGUUCGAGGCCUUUCUUCAGAAGCAGUUCGAGUUCUGAAGCGUCCAUCUGAAGAGGUGGUAAGAUCACAACUACAGGAAGUCUUUAAUAAAGGGAUUCGCAGUAUUGCAGUAUGCUUGAUGCAUGGCUACACAUAUCCAGAUCAUGAAGCGUUGGUUGGACAACUCGCUACAGAGAUUGGGUUUCACCAUGUCAGUCUCAGUCAUCAACUUAUGCCAAUGAUCAAGCUCAUCCCGCGUGCGACCUCAGCCUGUGCGGACGCAUAUUUGACUCCUACUAUAAAGAGGUAUAUAUCAGGAUUUCAGAAUGGAUUCAAAGGCGGACUUGGCAGCGAGAGCGUCAAGCAUGAGCAAGGCAGCAGAGGAGCUCGUUGUGAAUUCAUGCAAUCAGAUGGUGGCUUGGUCGAUGUCGAUCAAUUCUCCGGAUUACGCGCUAUUCUAUCGGGUCCUGCUGGUGGAGUAGUGGGCUACGCCUUAACAUCCUACGACCCGGUAGCAAAAAUCCCGAUUAUUGGAUUCGACAUGGGAGGUACAAGCACAGAUGUCAGCCGGUUUGGAGCUGGCCGAUAUGAACAUGUGUUUGAGACUACCACCGCAGGGGUGACUAUCCAGUCACCUCAACUAGAUAUCAAUACUGUAGCAGCUGGUGGGGGAUCUCAGCUAUUCUACCGCAAUGGGAUGUUUGUUGUUGGCCCUGAAUCCGCAGGGGCACAUCCUGGCCCAGCAUGCUAUCGCAAGAAUGGUCCAUUGACAGUCACCGACGCCAAUUUGUUUCUUGGUAGACUGGUUCCGGAUUUCUUUCCAAUGAUUUUUGGUCCAAAUGAGAGCCAAGGGUUGGAUGAACAGAGCAGCCAAGGGAUGUUUGAACAGUUGACUCGAGAAAUUAACGAAGACCUUGCAAAAGGUGGCCAGAGAAAAAAUAUGACAGCAGAUGAAGUUGCCUUUGGUUUUAUUAAGGUUGCCAAUGAAACGAUGACACGGCCUAUCCGAUCUUUGACGGAAGCCAAGGGACAUGAUACUUCUAAGCACAGACUAGCCACCUUUGGCGGUGCCGGUGGACAGCAUGCUGUUGCUAUUGCGGAGAGUCUUGGGGUUAGGCAGAUUUUGAUACAUAGGUAUUCUUCGGUCCUCUCGGCCUAUGGAAUGGCCCUUGCAGACGUGGUUGAAGAAAAUCAGGAACCCGAGUCAAAAACUUGGAGUGAUGAUUCAACAGUACGGGGAGAACUUGAAAAGAAAAUGACACAACUUAAAAUGAAAGCUAUUCAGAGACUACGAGACCAAGGCUUCGAAGACGAAUCUAUUGUGUUUGAAGAAUAUCUCAACAUGCGAUACCGCGGCACGGAAUCGGCUCUGAUGAUAUUGAAGCCCAGUCAAGAAGAGUCUGAUGACUCCAGUGACGAGGAUGAUUGGGAGUUCGGGAAAGCCUUCACAAACCAGCAUGAGCAAGAAUUUGGAUUCACCUUACCGGAUCGAGACAUUAUUGUUGAUGAUGUUCGAGUGAGAGGCAUUGGAAAGAGCUUCCAGAUGUGUGAAAAGACCGUGGACCAGCAACUUGCAGAAGCCAGGCCUUGUGACGUGAAAAGUGGGCAAUACAGAACUUCUCUCGUCUAUUUUGAGGGUGGUCGACAGGAAACUCCAAUUUACAAGUUGGACGACUUAAAUAUCAACGAUCGAGUAAGCGGACCUGCAGUCCUUGCCGAUGAGACUCAGACCAUCGUCGUGACUCCAGGAAGCUCAGCGCUUCUUACCAAGACUCAUGUCAUUAUCAACAUCGGAAAACCAGACUCGGAUGACAAUCUGCCAGGAAUCAGCACUGAAGCCGUCGACCCUAUUCUACUCAGUGUCUUCUCUCAUCGGUUCAUGGCUAUUGCAGAGCAAAUGGGACGUGCCUUACAGAAAACGAGUGUGAGUACUAAUGUCAAGGAGCGUCUCGACUACUCAUGCGCAUUGUUCGAUGCUGAAGGUGGACUGGUUGCCAAUGCUCCACAUCUACCUGUUCAUUUAGGUAGCAUGUCAACAUGUGUACGCAUGCAAGCACAAAUCUGGAAAACCAAAUUAAAGCCAGGCGAUGUGAUUGUGUCUAAUCAUCCUGAAUUUGGCGGCACCCAUCUCCCUGAUAUAACGGUCAUACAGCCAGCGUUUAGUGAUGGCAAAAUCAUAUUUUACGUCGCCUCAAGAGCGCAUCAUGCCGACAUAGGAGGCAUCUUGCCUGGAUCUAUGCCACCUCACUCUAAAGAGCUCUACCAAGAAGGAGCCACAAUCAAGAGUGAAAAGCUCGUAUCUGAAGGCAAAUUCAACGAAGAGCGUAUCACAGAGCUUCUGUACCACGAGCCCGCCAAGUAUCCAGAUUGCAGUGGAACUCGAUGUUUAGCAGACAACCUGAAUGACCUUAAAGCUCAGAUAGCAGCUAACAAGAAAGGAAUUAACCUGAUCAGCAUUCUUAUUGAAGAAUAUGGCGAGGAAGUUGUCUCGUUCUACAUGCACCAGAUUCAAGACAAUGCCGAGCUCAGCGUCCGCAAUUUACUGAAAGAAGUCAGCCAUAAAUUCACCGGCAAUAAUCUUAAUGCACUUGAUCAUAUGGACGACGGAACGCCCAUCCAGCUACAGAUUUCCAUUGACGCGGAGAAGGGUGAAGCAAUUUUUGAUUUUGAAGGAACAGGUCCAGAAGUAUAUGCCAACAUCAAUGCGCCAGAAGCUGUCACGUAUUCGGCCAUCAUCUAUUGUCUGCGGUGUCUUAUUUCAGCCGACAUUCCCUUAAAUCAGGGCUGUCUCAAACCGAUUGAUGUUCGAAUUCCUCCUAAGAGCAUACUGUCUCCAUCGGAAUCUGCUGCAGUUGUAGGUGGCAAUGUUUUAACGAGCCAACGUGUCACCGACGUUAUCCUUAAAUGCUUCGAAGCGUGCGCUGCUUCGCAAGGGGAUACCAAUAAUUUGACAUUUGGGUUCGGUGGCAACCGAGCCGGCGAAGAGGAGACGAAGGGGUUUGGAUACUAUGAAACCAUAGCUGGUGGAAGCGGUGCAGGACCAACCUGGAACGGCACAUCAGGAGUACACACCCAUAUGACCAAUACACGUAUCACCGACGCUGAGGUUUUUGAACGGCGAUAUCCCGUUAUACUGCGGGAAUUCAGUCUACGUCCUGACUCUGGCGGCGAUGGACAGCAUCGGGGAGGAGAUGGAGUCAUUCGAGACAUUGAAUUCCGGAUCCCAGUGCAAGUCUCCAUUCUAUCCGAACGAAGGGUGUAUCAUCCGUACGGACUAGCAGGAGGUGAAGACGCUAAAUGUGGUCUGAAUCUAUGGGUUCGACAUAUCCAAGACUCCGAUGGCAACCGGGAAGAAAGACAGAUUAAUUUAGGUGGGAAGAAUUCUGUACAGAUGCAACCUGGAGAGCGGAUCAUUAUUCGAACUCCUGGAGGUGGAGGAUGGGGUCAAAUCGGUACUGAACAACAACUUCUUCGUGAGAAAGAUGCUCGUCAUAAUUGGCGCGGAGGCUCUAUUGCGACUCGAGAAGCAACCCAAGAGGCAAGUAUGUGA